AUGUCUGGUGCUACAGGAGAACGCCCUUUUUCUGAUGUUUUAACCAGUAUUCGUUACUGGGAAAUUCACAGUAUUACCAUUCCGUCUUUAUUUAUUGCCGGGUGGUUAUUUGUGAGUACAGGUCUUGCUUAUGAUAUUUUUGGCAGUCCAAGACCAAGUGAGUAUUUUACUGAAGAUCGACAAGAAACCCCACUCAUUACGGAUCGUUUUAACGCUUUAGAUCAAGUAAAACAAUUAUCUCAAAAUUUUUAUCAUAUGACAGCAAGAAAAUCCUAUACUUAUCCUAUUUUUACUGUACGUUGGCUUGCUAUACACGCAUUAGCAGUACCUACAGUUUUCUUUUUAGGUGCUAUUACGGCUAUGCAAUUUAUUCAACGUUAA